GCUUAAACCUUAUACGCUCAUUUACAAAUUACAUAGCUUCCACAAUCCUCUAAUCGAAAUUCCAGUCAACAUAGACACCCGAAAGGGGAAUGUGACUGCCAACUGAAUUGGAAAAAAAAAAAAAAAGUGUGCAGAGAUAAAGAAGAGCAAUCAUCAGUAUGGCUUCUUCUUCUUCAAUUAGAUCGUUUGGUUCAUUGAUUUGCAGAUUCUCAAAUGGGGUUUUUCUUAGGCCCUCUCACUCAUUCGCUCUUCAAAGGAAGCUAUUUUUCAGCGAAAAGCUAUCAUCUUGCUCGCGGUAUUCAUCAUCAGGCAAAUGGGUUUCGGCAUUUCACUUCGGAACUGGGAAUUCUGUUAGAAAGAUUCGAACUUUCGCCCCUCUUUUUAUGGGGAGGCGCUCCUGCAAAAUUGCUGGUAGAAAGACAGCCCAAGAUGCUAAGAAGACAAAAUUGUAUUCAAGGAUUGGAAAAGAGGUUGUAUCAGCGGUUAAGAAAGGAGGUCCUAAUCCGGUAUCUAACAUAGUUCUUGCUGCAUUACUUGAGAAAGCUAAGGAGUUUGAUGUGCCUAAGGAAAUUCUUGAGCGUAACAUUAAGAGAGCUUCAGAGAAGGGUCAGGAAGCUUACAUCGAGAAAACAUAUGAGGUAUAUGGUUAUGGUGGAGCUGGUAUUGUUGUUGAAGUAUUAACAGAUAAAAUAAACAGAUCAGUGGCAGCUAUCAGAGGCGUACUUAAAGACUGUGGUGGAAAGAUGGCUGAUUCUGGUUCAAUAGCAUUCAAGUUCAAACGUGCUCGGGUUGUGAACAUAAAGGUAACAGAUGUUGAGAAAGACCAACUUCUCUCUAUUGCUUUAGAUGCUGGUGCUGAAGACAUCAUAGAACCUUUACUGGAUGAAGAUGAUUCUGAAGAAGACAAGUCAGAAAGACAUUAUAAAGUUGUGAGUUCAGCUGAGAAUUACUCUGAUAUGCUAUCAAAGCUUCGUGAUGCUGGAAUUCCAUGUGAAACUGAUAAUGGAUCUGAGCUACUUCCCAUAAAUCCGAUUGAGGUAGAUGAUGAGGCUAUGGAUUUGAACAGAGAACUCAUGUCCAAACUGCUUGAACUUGAUGAUGUUGAUGCCGUGUAUACAGAUCAGAAGUUAUGAGAUCAAUAAUUGUAAUAAACACCUAAAAUGUCACUGAGGUUUAGAUCUGUUAGGCUUAGCAUAAAUAUUCCAUGGAUGAUGCGGAUGGCUUCAUCCAACAUUCAUUGGAGAACAUUGCUUAGAAAUAUCUGGUAGCAGUAGCAUUGACAGAAUAUUGCACAGGAAAAUAUACAUAUUCGAUUUUCAGUUUUGAUGAAAAGAUCGAGUUGUAACUAAUGCCAUAUGCUCUUUUCUUCUAGAUACUAGUUUAGAUUAACCCGUAGAUUCCGAUUUUGAAGACAACCCUGGAGAGCGACCCUUUUCAUCAUGAUCUCAUUGGCGCCUGAAUUUUUGCUUAUAGCUCCUCUAAUUCAUCUUCUGUAAGGUUGUUCACAAUCACAAAUAUAAUUUACUGGAGUCCUGAAAUUGAUUCA